UUUGUCAGUCAAAUUUGUUUGUCAGAAAUUGUGUAGUGGACAGUGGUCUUAUUUCCGUUUUUUACUCGUAUUAAGGGCGUACUCUUUCGAAAAUAAGAUUAAUUGUUUGUAACAUCCAGUACAUGAAGUUAAAGUAAAAAUGUCUGUUAAUAUUCCCGAGUGCCCACCGAGUUUGAAGUCUAUCCAGCACUACUUGAAGACUGCCGCAGAACAUGAUACCAGAGAUCCAGUAGUGGCCUAUUGGUGUAGACUACAUGCUUUGCAAGUUGGCCUUAAAAUUACUAAUAAGAAGACUCCAGAAGAAACAAGGCUUUUGAUGGCUUUGAUGGACUGGCUGGAAGAAUGCAAGAAGAUUAACAAAGACAAUGAUUCAAUCAUAAAUGAGGUGGCAGCACAGGCACAUCUUGAAAAUUAUGCUUUGAAAUUAUUUUUGUAUGCUGACAAACAGGAUAGAGAACAAAAUUACGGGAAAAAUAUUGUCAAAGCUUUCUACACUGCUGGUAUGAUCUACGAUGUUCUUACAACAUUUGGAGAGCUGACAGAUGAAGCUACACAGAACAGAAAGUAUGCAAAAUGGAAGGCUGCUUAUAUCCACAACUGUCUGAAAAAUGGGGAAACUCCAGUUCCAGGGCCUAUGCAGUCAAAUGAUGGUGAUGACAAUGUUGAAGGUUCUGCAACCGACAGCCAGCCUGCAGCUGGCCCUGCGGACCUGCCUCAAGUUCCAGGUUUCACAACUGUGACUCCAGCUACACCACCCAUUGUACCAUCAAGCUUCAACAACAGUUUGCCUGAUCCCAAUGCAGCCUUGAGAGCAGCCUCGCAACUACCACCUGUUCCAUAUACUCCAGAUCUUAACCCUGGUGGCUUUGUACCUUACGACCCAUCUCAGCAACCAGUGCAACCGCAAAUACCGACCCCACUAUAUGGUGAUAACUCAACGAUGGUUGCACAGCUUACUCCAGAUCAAAUAGCUAAAGCACAGAAAUAUUGUAAAUGGGCUAGCAGUGCUCUGAACUAUGAUGACAUAAAAACUGCCAUUGGAAAUUUAAGGAAUGCUUUGGAGCUGCUUCAAACAGGACGUGAUCCUGCUUGAAUGAUGGUAAUUUGUGAUAUUUUACUUUAAAUGUAUAAAUUGUUUUCCAUUUUGUAAUGUAUGUAAUAUCAAGAGGAAAUUUAUCUAACAGUAUAUACUAUGUAAUUACAUAUAUUACUAUUAUAUUUUGUAGGCUUGCACACAAUAAUAACAGAUUAUAAGGCAGCUUUA